CGCCAUCGAGGAGAAGUGCUGAUGAGAUAAUCCGCUUCUCAAGGCAGCAGCUUGUCGAAAGUAUCCUUAAAAGAGUGAAGGCGUCUCUUUUUGUUUGUUUGUGGAAAAGAGACGUAAGGGGCAAAAAGAGCCAGGCUCCAAGCAAAGAAGCGGCAAAGAACAAGCAGCAGAAAUGGCCGCAUUGUCGACAACUCUCCCCUUGAGCCGCGACUCAGUCUGUGCGGCGCACAAGGUUGUCAAGAAUCAUGUCCAUCGCACGCCCGUGGUGACCAAUCAGACGCUUUCCGAGCUGGCUUCGACGCCCACGACCGUCGAGAACCUCGAGAAGACGAGAUUCGCCGGCAGGACGCCCGCGAAGCCUGUGCUGCGACUGUGGUUCAAGUGCGAGAACUUGCAGCGCAUCGGGGCCUUCAAGGUGCGCGGGGCCUUUUAUGCGCUGCACAAGCUGUCAGAGGAGCCGGGAUGGCUGGAGGGGGGAGGAAAGGAAAAGGGCGUGGUGACGCAUAGCUCUGGCAACCAUGCUCAGGCCCUGGCUCUCGCAGCCAGAGAGAACGGCAUCAAGGCUCACAUCGUCAUGCCUGAAAUCUCCAUCCCUGCGAAGAUCAACGCCACCAGGGGCUAUGGCGCCAACGUCAUCUUCAGCGGCAGCACGAGCGUCGAGCGUGAGGCCGUCACCGAAAAGGUUGUUGCCGAGACUGGUGCGCGACUGGUCCCUCCUUAUGAUCAUCCCGACAUCAUGCUUGGCCAGGGGACCCUCGGACUCGAGCUCCAAGACCAAGUAGAGAGCAGCAUUGCAUCUCACGUUAACCCAGCCGGACAGGCCCUGAGGGGCGUGUAUGCCGCUGCGGCAAACAAGACCAAGGGAAAUAAAGAAGGACUGGAUGCCAUCAUCACUCCAUGUGGCGGCGGCGGAAUGCUCUCUGGCGUGGCACUCAGCUGCGAAGGCACCGGUAUCAAGGUCUUUGGGGCCGAGCCGUCAUAUCAGGGAGCUGACGAUGCUAAGCGAGGAUACGAGUCAGGCGAACGCAUCCCUACCGUGUCGUCUCUCACUGUGGCGGAUGGACUGAGAACCCCAGUGGGUGUGCAUCCCUGGAGCGUCAUCUUCGAGCGACGUCUGGUAAGUGGCAUGUUCAGCGUGACGGAUGAGGAGAUUUUGAAGACGAUGAAGCUCGUGUAUGAGCGGAUGAAGAUGGUGGUUGAGCCGAGCGCAUGCGUUCCGCUGGCAGUUGCGCUGUUUGAUGAAGAUUUUAGAAGUCUUGUGGAGAAGGAGGCCGGCGAAGAGGGAUGGGACUUGGGCCUUGUUUUCAGCGGCGGAAAUGUCGCUGUUGAUGCGCUCGGCAAGCUGAUAGCAGGAGAAAAGUGAAUGGUGAGAGAAGAGUAUAGAUCAUCAGAGACGACUAUUCACAUGUAGAGAAUCAUGUAUGUGUUAAGAUCAAGAAUACUUGUACUUUUGACCAGACCUAGAUAUAAAGAGAAAACAACAACGUCUAUAAAAAGUCACACAACAUGUUAGGGUAUCAUCAAAUCAUUACAUAUCCUUCAUCGCCUCGUCCAUGUCUUUCCUCCACCGAGCGGCAUUUCUCCUCAAUGUCCAAAUGCCAAUAUAGCCAGCAACCAUACAAAACAAGGACACGGCCGUAAACACCCAGCCUACACCAAUGGCGUUGAUCCAAGGAGCCGCGACGAUGACGCCGACGCAGCUGAGGAUGUUGCGGACGAAGUUGUUGACGGCAACGCCAGCGGAACUCUUCUUGCGGACGAAUUCAGUGAGCAUGGUGGUGGCGGCAGACAAAAACAAGCAUAGAGGCAGCUCCAAAAAUGAAGCUGCCAAUAGCAGGGACGAUGAAGAUGACUCCAUAGUUGAGUGUCCAUCCGUAUAUCAGCAGCCCGAUGGGAUACAUGGUGUUGGCCAGCCACAUGUUCUCUCUGAAGCGGUCCUCGGGUAGGUAAAUGAGUUUGCCAUUUUCGUCAUAGCGAUUUGCCUUGAUGGCUUGCUUGGUCAUGAUUCUGUCGAUCCAUCUGCCGCCAAAGAUGGAGGCGAUGAAGUAGCCCAGGCCAGCGGGGAGGUAGAGCAGACCGACAAUGAUCUGGCUGUAGUUGUAAGGGGGCUGAGAGAACUUUUGCUGGAUGGAAAUGUUGGAGAUGAAUAGCGCUCCAAAGGCGAUGGCGGCGGUGAAGACGGUGAUGAAGACGGGGGGGAAGCGGAGGAAGAGCAGCACGCUGAGGGGGUCGAGGAAGAUGCGCUUGGCGCUUGCAGCCAGUUUCUUGGUCUGGACUUUGGCGGAUUCUCUGGUCGUCAUGCGGCGGAUGGAUUCAGCAGUUGGCUCAUUAUCGGC